CCGUAUGCUUAUUUAUUUACAUAACAUUACUUACGAAUUACGAUACGAAACGAGGAUUAAAAUGUAAAAAAAUGAAAGAGCUUCCGGCUAUUGUUAGAUUAAAUUCAGAUUAUGUUGAUUUUCAUGAAUAAUUUAUUACAUGAUAAUUAGAAUAAUUGAAGAAUAUAAAAAUGGAAACAAGUGAAAUUACAACACCGAUACCAGCUGAUGAGCAGCAUCAGUCGCAAGAAAAAAACAAAGAAAGUGUAGUGUUGGAACAUGAUUGUUCAGUGCUUGAAAAUAUUGAACAUUCCCUUAUUGAGUCGAGGUUUCUGAUUGAAAAUUUGUUCAGUGAUGUAAAAGAAAAUGAUGCUGUGGUUGCCAAAGAGGUUAGCAAUCUGUCAUCAUUUGAAAAUCAAACAUUGCAACAAAACCAAAUGGAUGUUGAUGAUUACAGUAAGAAAAUUCAAGAUAAAAAUGACACUUUGAUCGUAGAAGAAUCAAAAGAGGAUUCAAUAAAUACUAUAGAAAGUAUUCCAACUGCUGAGCCUGAAAAAUCAGAGGAUAAAAAUAUUGAGAAUGCAGAGUACAUCCAACUAACUUAUAAAUGGACUGCACCAAAAUUGUUAUGCUCAGCUAAAAAAGACUUUAAGCCAACAGAAAAAUGUGAAAAUUAUACAAAGGGUUGCUUUUGGUCACCAGAUGGAACAUGCAUUUUAGUACCUAGUGAAGAUUUUAGAUUUAGGAUUUUUGAUGUCCCACGUGAACUUUAUACAGGAAUACUACCAGAAGAUUUUCAUGUAACUGAGUUGGAAUCAUCUGUUAGGAUCAAAGAAGGUGGACUGAUCUAUGAUUGCUGUUGGUAUCCUUAUAUGAGCUCGUGGCAGCCAUCAACAUGUUGCUUUUUAGCAGCUAGUCAAGGAAGUCCUAUACACUUGUGGGAUGCUUUUACAGGUCAACUUAGAGCAACUUAUAGAGCAUAUAAUCAGGUUGAUGAAGUAGAAGCUGCUAUCAGUGUUCAAUUUACUGACUCUGGUACUAAAGUGUGGAGCGGAUAUAAAAAUGCUUUACGUACUUUCGACAGCAAUAGACCUGGACGUCAAACAGAAACUAUUUACUUGAAGAAAGAUUUUCCAAAUGUCACAGGCUUAGUUUCUUGCAUUCGAGAAAAUCCUGGAAUGUCUGGCUUGAUAGCUUUUGGAACAUAUUCUAAGUGUAUAGGGUUGUAUAAAGAUGGUCCACUUUGUUGUUUCCAAACUAGCAGUGGAGUAACUCAAAUAGAAUUCAGUCCAUGUGGAACAAAAAUUUACUCAGCCGUUCGCAGGGGUAGUGAAUUCCUGUGUUGGGAUUUGAGAAAUCCUGGUACAGUUUUAUAUUCACUACAAAAUCGUCAGUCUGACAGCAAUCAGAGAAUACAAUUUUCAUUGUCAUACAACGGUGAACAAAUGGUUUCUGGAGGUACUGAUGGUACAGUGAGAAUAUGGGAAAUGCCAAGUGAUCUACAAGUUGAAGAAGAAUUAGAUCCUCGUUAUAAAAUAAUCAUUUCAAAAGAUUGUAUCAAUGGCGUUGAUUUGCAUAAGAAUCUUCCAAUGCUGGCAGUAUCAACAGGUACUAGGAUUUGUGAUCAAGAAAAUCAUUAUCGCGAUAAUAGUCUUCGCUUUUACUGGGUUGGUAAUAGAUAACGAAAUAUGUUUUUGAAAUGAGUUAUUUUGCAAAUUUGUUUGCGUGUUAGUACGUUAAAUGUUAAUUUUUUAUGGAUAAUCUUAAAUUUUGAAAAAAAAUUGUAAAAAUAAUUAUAAAUACCUGAAGUUGUGAAUGAUAGAAGCAUAUUAUCAAGUGUUACAGUUUAGUAGUUUCGUCUCUAAAUCAGCUCUAAAUGAAUUUCUUUUUAAGCAAUAUUUUUACGUAAAAGACAAAUGAUCCAAACAAUCUUGAAAGGUGUGUACAAAUAAGUAGUAAUAAUAAUAAAUAUUUUAUUAUAUGGCAUCUUAUAAUAUUAUAAUUUCUCAUUUUUCAUAAAAAAUCUUCAGCUAUCCAUUAUUGUCCACUGUGAAU